CGUCCUUCUCCAGCGUCAUGGCGCGGGAACCUCCAGCCUUAUCGCUGUGUCCCGGAGAGACGCGAACCCCUCGCCCGCUCUCCUAGUGUUCCCUCCCUCGACUCUGACGGUGAUGCAAGCCCUCCACAGAUCCGGGCUGCACCGGGCACCUGACGCCGAGCUGUGGCAGGACAGGAUGGCGGACUUCCAGAACCAGAGCUCCGCGAACGGCUCCGCGCACGAGCUCAGCCGCUUCAGCAACCCGGAGGACAUCGACUUGGCCGCGGACGGCACGCUGGGGCUGCGCGUCAUGAUGUCCAUCGUGUACUCGGUGGUGUGCGCGGUGGGUCUGGUGGGCAACCUGCUGGUCUUCUUCCUCAUGAGGGUCCGGCAGGGGAGGAAGAAGUCCACGAUCAACCACUUCAUCAUGAACCUGGCGGUCACGGACUUCCAGUUCGUCCUCACGCUGCCCUUCUGGGCCGUGGACACGGCGCUCGACUUCACCUGGCCGUUCGGACACGUCAUGUGCAAGGUGGUGGUCACGGUGACCGUGAUGAACGUGUACGCGAGCGCGUUCUUCCUCACCGCCAUGAGCGUGACGCGCUACUGGUCUGUUGCGUCGGCGCUCAAGGACCGCACGCGCAACACGCGCUGCUCGGUGAAGCUGGUGAGCGCGCUCCUGUGGCUCCUGGCCUCCGUGGCGUCGGUCCCCACGGCGAUCUUCUCCACGGUGGGCUCGAUCAGCGGCGUCAAGCUGUGCCUCCUGCGCUUCCCCAACGGCCAGCACUGGCACGCGCUCUAUCACCUGCAGAAGAUCCUGGUGGCGUUCGUGUUUCCGAUGCUCAUCAUCGUCGUGUGCUACCUUCUCCUCCUGCGCCUCAUUCGCUUGCGGAGCAUGAACAACAACCUCCCCAAGCGCAGGUCCAGAGUCACCAAAUCCGUCACGAUCGUGGUCUUGUCCUUCUUCAUAUGCUGGCUGCCCAACCACGCCAUCACCUUCUGGGGAGUCCUGGUCAAGUUUAACGUGAUCCACUGGGAUAAAGUCUACUACGCGCUCCACAUGUACGUGUUCCCGGUCACCAUUUGCCUGGCGCACUCGAACAGCUGCCUGAAUCCGAUCCUGUAUUGCCUCAUGCGCAGAGAGUUCAGAAAAAUGCUGAAGGACUUCUUCUGGAGGAUUUCGUCGCCCGCGAUCGUCAACAGCUGUCAGAUCCGCCCGUUCUCGGGCACCGCGAAGGAGCGCGACGACAGCCAGGCGGUGAUUCCUCUGAACGUGAUGGACACCGAGGAGUACAGAUUGUCGGUGGUGAACGGGCAAACCGACGCGUAACCGUCCACGGACUGCGCCAUGAAGAGAGAGACGCGCAAAGCCGUGCGUAAAAGCGCGCUGUUUACUGCAGUCACAGCUCUGGAGGAGGAUAAAGGGACCUUUUACAAAACUCGACAGGGAUGUCGUUCGACCCUUUUUAUUAUUCUCUCAAGUGAUGUUUCAAGAUGUUGCAUCCUUAAACGUUCGUGCCAACUUGUCUUUUGCGACCCGUGCGUCCGCUGCAAGGCACGGGGCUUUUUCACGCUUCUGUCCAGAUUUCUGAAUUCUAAAGAGUGGUUUUAUUCCGUGUAAACGAGUGCAUUGAAGCAGACCUGGAUGUACAGCCUAUCGACACACAACACUGAGCUUAACUGCAAUGACAUUUUGAUAUUUUCCACUUUUACUGAUGCUUUGAGGAAAUACAGAGAGAGA